UCUAGGAGAUAUAAUAACUGCCCAAAAAUGAUUCCUAAAUAAAGUAGCCGCGAAUAAAAACAAGUAAAUAUUAUAACUAAAAAUUGAAAAACGCUCACUCUCUCACUUAAGUAAGGAAGUAAAAAGUUACCCUGUACAAAAAGCCUUGCAAGCCUCCGAGCCCUGCCGAUGCCUCCCCGUGGUGGUCGUGAUUGAAUGUCUGACUGCAUGCUCGAUGGCAUACUUUUGCUCGAAUUGCAGGAGUGACGAUGAUUGGUGCCAUGCCAGCAGUUGCCGUGAGGCAUGAGAGGCGCAAGCAGGAGAAGAAGAAGACGCGCCCUGGCCACCUCUACCUGGCCAACUAUGCUAACAAGCAGGCCACCUCGUCGUCGCGCACGAGCUCGCCCUGCCCCAGCAGAGGAGGCAGCCCGAGUCCGGGCAGCGCCAACAGCCCGAUCGUGACGACGCCGCCGCACGGCAUCGACUCGCCGCAGACUGAGGAGUUUUACGUGUGCGCCAGGGUGUCCACCCUGCACGUCAUCGUCGUCUCCUUCCUCCUCGGCAUCAUCCUCCUCAUCGUCGGUCUCGUCCAGCUCAAACCGGGCGCCGACGCCAGCGAUCACAGAUUCUACAUCCUGGGCGCGGGCAGCCUGCUGCUGGGCCUCGGGACGCUGUUGUUGAUGGCGCGGUGCGUGAUGUCGCCGAUCAGACGGUGUCUGCACAAACGACGGGCCCGGCUGCGGCGCCUGCGCAAGGAGGAGUCGGCGGCGCUGGCGCUGACAAAGGCAGCGGCUGCGCAGAACGGCAGCAACUCGAGCACGCCCGCGCAGCCGCACCAGCACCACCAUCACCACUCACAGGCGCAUAGGGCGUCGCACGACAUCAUCCAGGAGAUGCCGUCUGCCGAGGAGCGUGCGGACGCUGACGUGGUGGUGGCGCCGACGGGCCGCAACGGUGCCACCCUCACGCAGAGCCAGAGCGUCAGCAUCGAGAUCGAGCCGCACAGCAGCAAAGACACGCUCGUGUCGACGGUCAAGUCGCCGUCCGAGAACGACCACCUGCACAAGAGGCCGUCGCUGGCCAAAACGUAGAUCCUCUGGUGCUGGGUUACGCUCGGCCGCCGCUUUUCUCUCGCUAGCUCGCAGCCUCUGCGCGCCGUGACAAGUGCGCAGCGUGGACUCGCAAAAAACCUCUCGCCGCCACGCGAAAUCAAGUUGCUGGCGGCCAAUUUUAAACGGAGCAUUUAAAUAUGAUAUUUUAACUUGAAAUAAAUAUAACAUAACACGCGCAGUUCUGUGUGGUGUUGCAGCAGACGGGAAUUAACGCGGAACUCAUCCCCUCGGCCCAUUUCCAAGGGUUCAGCGAAUUUUUCCUUGCACAAAAGAUUUGAAUACAAUUUUGUACAUUAAAUCGAUCCUGUAUGUUGGAGACAAUGCGGUUUAACUCUAUUCCUUUUUUGUAUUUGUGCUUGCAAUCUAAAUGAGCUUUGGAUUUUUUUUUCGUUUUUUCCCUGAUAUCGAGCCGCAUGAAUAGUUUUGGUCAAUUUUCAAAUUGCACACCCUAAACUUACUCUCAACCUUCUCUCUAACGCAGUAUUGCUGUCUUUAAAAUAUGGAACUAAAAUAUAAUUAAAUGUUAAAGCUUAAUGGAUAAAAAUUAAAUGUCUGUUUAAAGCGUCUUCACACACACACUUUCAAACUAUCACGUAACCGUCAAACAUUAACAAGAAACGAAAAAAUGUGAAAUGGCAAAGUUGAUUUGUUGAAUGGGAACUUUCAACAGGCUGUUUGUUGAUUAUGAAUUGUAGUAAAUAUUCUCUAGCCUAUCGCUAAAGUGUCUAUUGUAAAGUUCAGAAAAAGUACCUGGUGUCGAAAAUCUUGAAACAACACACAAUUCACAUAAGAAAUCUGUAUAAAAAUACGAAAAAUGCUAUGUAUAGUCUUUAAAAAACUUACUUUUCCUCAAUCAAAAUUAUUAUUUUCUUUUCAUGGUAUCCAAAGUGUGUAUGUACAAUAGCGUUUACACAGGUAACAUAAUAUUUCUGUGUUUUAUAAAUGUAGUCGCGUUCCAAAAUUGGCUGGCGAAGUUUAUUUUGUACUAGAUGAAAAUUUUGGGUCUGUCUCCUAGUCGGGGACGUUCAAAGCUUUAAGGAAGGUCACAAAUCACAACCGAAGAGCUUACCCGCGAUUUAAAACACGUAACUCGACCCUCGGAAUCAUCACAAAAACAGCAGAAUAUGAAUUAAUUGCUCAGAGAAUAUGUAACAAAACGACAGUGAAAAUUAUUUUGGAAUACGACGGUUAAAUGAGAAGAAAUACGUGGUGUGUCCAUGAAAAUUUAAGAGAAAAAAUUGUACGUGAAUAACCGCAAAAUUACGUGGAAAUCUGUGUUUGAUCGAUUUCUUUUGUCAAUAUUCACUGGUUAGGACAAACUCAGGAUGUGCUUUGCCAAAGUAGAUCAAUUCGCGACGACGCCCAGAGGGUCUGCCAGUACGACCGGGCGUUGCAACCAGGACCGUAUUGUCUGAAUUUCGCAAACCAUCCCGGCGGAUCGGUUUGGCUAGUUCGGACAACAGUCGGCCCGUUCAAAAGUUAGCUGUGUGUGUUAGCGCUGUUAUUUAACUUGUAACGAGAGCGAAAUUUCGAUUGGCGCCUGCUGAUUUCCUAGGCAUGCAACCCGGUGAGCUUGCAAGGCACGCCGGUUGUAAAAUCAUACUGCAAUUUUGUCGAUUUUUAUUUCAGAGAGGAACUCUAGGUGCGUAGUUUGGCAUUGAGUUCGAGAUUGGUUUGCUCUAUUCUGGAGCGAUCGUCACGUUGAGUUUGAGAUUAACGUUACAGAAAGCGUAGCCUUCUAAAAUGAGACGCACAAAACUAUAAUCAUUCGCUCAGAAGGCCUCGUCAUCAAUUCUAAUUUAUCACACACUCCUCACACAUUCUUUCUUUUGGAGAUGAUCACGAAUUUUUGUAGCAAAUCUCAUUUGAUUUCAUAGCUCUUCAUAGUUUCUAUUGAAAAGUCUGUUUAAUAAUAAUGCUACCUGAGAAAUAUUUAAAUCUUUUGAGAAAUCCUUAACAAUCCUCUGUCUUUAGCAACACUAAACCAAGCACAAUUUUUCCCAAAGCUAUAAACUUAAAUCCACUGGAGUAUUGAAUAUUUAUGGACCAACUUAAAUGUAUCUUGAAACCAAAUCAAGCAACUUAACCCACUCCUUUUAUUGAGAAUGCACUGAAUUACUUGGUCUCUCGCUGCCUUUAUGAGAUGUACUGGCAAUUUUGUCUCAAUUAAUUUAAUUGAUAUAUAAUGUUUAAAUUAUGCUUCCAGCGCCACGAAAUAUUCAAUUUGUUCUUGCAUUUACUUAAAUUUAGAUCUGGCAUAGUGCGGAACAACUCGUUAGGCUGCAUGGAUUUAAGUAGGCACACUUAUUACGGCACCUAGGAAUGAAUAGGAAAAUUCAAGGAGUUUUGAUUAUAACAUAGUAGGAAAAAUAUACACGUCUUAUUCAAGUGAAAUUUCUUCAGGCCGACUCCUGGGCUGCUUUUUCUAGAAGCUUCAAUUUCAUUCGCGGAAACGUGCCAAAAAGGUUUCUAUUUCUUGCGUUGUAGAGAGUUUGCUUUGUUUGAACAUUUUUUGUACUUGUAACAUUUUGAGACGAUUUUAAUUGUGCUCUCUAGGAUGUCGUGGCAAAUUUUUAUAAGUGGCGUGUGAAAAGUGCAUUGCGUAUGUUGCCAAUAAAAUGUUUUUAAUUCAGUGCAUAAGCUAUUCCUAAUCCAUAACGUACACUUGAGAAGAUCUAUAUAUUAUUAUAUAUUGAUAUUGUAAUACUUUCAUGGGAAUAAAAAUGGUUAAAGAUUG